GAACUUGGAUCCAUAUUCAUGUAAUUAGCCUCUGGGAUGGAGCACAAAGAAUUCUAAGAACUAUUUGCUCAAUGUCCCAGUCAAACCAACCAAUUUACUUUUUAAUGAUAUGCAGGUAAGCAAGUUACUUUAUGAAUGUUUAUAAACCACAUCGAUCUUGUGAUUGAAAGUUAGGGUGAACGGUGAUGGACAUCUGAAGACAGGGAGUUUGCACGCGAAAUUGAAUGUGGUAUCAUGGAAACGAGAUCCUUCUUUCUCCUACUUAUUUCUAUUGCAAUUGUACAUGCCAGACCAAAUUUUCAUUUCGAAAUUGACGAUGACGAACCUCAAGCUAAAUAUGCAUCUGUUGUGUUGGAUUCAAAGACUAAAGAAAUGUUGAUCAAAGACGGCAAAGUUGUACCUUACGUUUCCUGUGCUGCAUUUAAAAAUACAAUGAAUACUACUGGUUGGUCCCUUCUUAAAGUAAGCACGAAUGGAUCAUACAGCGAUGAGCAGCAAGCUGUUGCUGCUGGUAUGGUUGAAGGCUAUAUCACAGCUGAACAAAUCAGCAUGGCAUAUCAAAAUUCAUUUGCUCAUUAUUGCGAUGACAAAAAAGAAUUUUGUGACAAGUUUAGGACAUUUGUGUCACAAAAUACAGCAUGGAUUCAAAGUCAAAUAAAAGCAAAUCCUAAAAGUAGUUACUGGCAUCAGGUAAGUUUAGUUUAUCAACAGUUUUCUGGCUUGGAGAUGGGUUAUCAUGCAAGUAAAGUAAAACCUGAUUUGACAUGGGUUGAAUUCAGCUAUUUUCAGCUAAGUGGUGAUAUGGAAGAUCUUGAGCAAGCUCUUACUAAAAAACCGUCCAAUAAGAAAGUAGUUGGCUCAGGCUCAUGCUCUGCUUUGGUGAAGUUGUUUGAAAAGAAUCAAGAUCUUGCCAUCUCUCAAGUAACAUGGAACGAUUUUAAUGCUAUGUUAAGAAUCUACAAAAUGUAUAACUUCUCUCAUCACGAAUAUACUGGAGGACCAUUAAUAAGUGGUGCCAUUGAAAGUUUCUCAUCAUAUCCUGGUGUGUUAUACAGUGGAGAUGAUUUCUACAUCCUCAGUAGUGGUUUGGUUACUCAAGAAACAACAAUUGGCAAUAGUAAUAGUGAGUUAUGGAAAUAUAUCAGUCCACAAACAGUUCUUGAAGGCGUUAGAACAUGCGUUGCAAACCGACUUGCAAAAAGUGGAAACGAAUGGUGUUCAUUAUUUGAAACACACAACAGUGGAACGUACAAUAAUCAGUGGAUGAUUUUGGACUACAAAUUGUUCGAACCUGGUAAAGACUUGAAACCAGACACUUUAUGGAUAUUAGAGCAGUUACCUGGUAUCGUGCACAUGGCCGAUCAAACGGUGUUGCUACAACAACAAGGAUAUUGGGCAAGUUAUAAUAUCCCAUAUUUUCCAUACAUCUACAAUAUCAGCGGUGUGUCAGCUUCGAAAGCCAAAUAUGGAAGCUGGUUCGAUUACAAUUUGAAUCCACGUGCGCAAAUUUUUAAACGUGACCAUGGAAAAGUGAGUGACAUGCAGAGUUUAGUCAAAUUAAUGAGAUAUAACAAUUUCAAGAAAGACCCCAUCUCAAAAUGUAACUGCACUCCACCAUACAGUGCUGAAAAUGCUAUUUCCGCAAGAAGCGAUCUAAACCCUGCGAAAGGUACAUAUCCAUUUGGUGCGCUGGGACAUCGCAGACAUGGUGGUACUGAUUGUAAGGCUACCAGUUUUGCUAUGGCAAAGAAGUUGUCACAGUUCAUAGUAGCAGGACCCACGUCCGACGACCAACCACCUUUCCAAUGGUCAAAAACAGAAUGGAAACGACCGCUAGGCCAUCCGGAUACAUUCAAGUUCGAGCCUCUUUUGCUAGACUGGAGCCUGGAGCAGUGGACUGACCAUCCAGAUGUAGUGGUCUACUGAAAACAAUUUCUUACAUGGAACACUCUUCCAGUUAACAUAAAUUCUUUUGUUACGCACUUGAUUGAAGACACUUGAUUCUUGUAGCAGUUUGAUACGCAGAAAAUUUGAUUCUCGUUUCAAGAAAAAAGCCAAACCGAAUUUAGGUACAAGCUAAGAAACGUAUUGGCUUAAAGAGUUGGCUACUAAGUUUGAACAUCCAGUUAGUACGAAUUUUAACCAAAGUCUGAUGUUUUCACAUGUGUUGAUAUGCAUGUUUAGCUUAGUAACUUCAAUCAACCAAAGCUGAGAUCCUUCUUUUUAUUUUUAAGUUUUUGGAACAUGUGUAAAAAAGCGCGUAUUGGAUCGCACUAAGUAAAAAGUUUUUAACGAAUUUACGACGAUUAUAUAAAUGUUAUUUUUUGUAAAAAUGGCUGUAAUAUUUUGGAUAAAAAUGCAUAAAUCAA